AUGAAUGCAAAAGACGCACUGUUGGCCCACGAAGAGAAACCUAAGAAGAGGGAGAGGCAGGAGGAUAUGCGACAAGAUAGGGGGCAGAAGGUCACUAGAACUGGGGAUCAGCAUGAUGAAAGGCGCUUCAGACCCCCCACAGGAAGAUUCACCAAUUUCACCCCAUUAACCGCCCCAAUCGACCAAGUACUGAUGCAAAUCAAAGAUGAAGGAGCAUUGACAUUCCCAGGGAAGUUGAAAGGAGAUCCCAACAAAAGACUGAGGGACAAGUAUUGUCGCUUUCACCGGGACCACGGGCAUGACACUGCCAACUGCUAUGACCUAAAGCAGCAGAUUGAGGCAUUGAUCAAACAGGGAAAGUUACAAAGGUUCGUCAGCAGGGAAAAGACCGACAAACCGGAAGAACAGACCCCACGACGGGAGAACGAGUGCCCCAGACAACCAAUAGGGGACAUUCGAAUGAUAAUAGGGGGCACAGCUGCAGCCGGGUUUUCCAAAAAAGCCCGCAAAACCUACCUUAGGACGGUCCAUAGCGUUCAACUCACAGGAUCCGUACCGAAGAUGCCGCGAAUAGGUAACCCUGUCAUACACUUUUCAGAGGAUGAUGCUCGGAGACUUCACCAUCCUCAUGACGAUGCGCUGGUGGUCAGCCUACAGAUUGGGGAUUAUAAUAUGCAUCGGGUACUCGUCGACAACGGCAGCUCAGCGGACAUCCUGUACUAUCCAGCAUUCCAGCAAAUGAGAAUUGAAAAGGAACAAUUGUCCCCAACGAACGCCCCACUCGUAGGAUUUGGGGGCGCAAAGAUAUUCCCUUUGGGCGCAAUAACUCUAACAGUGACAGCAGGUGACUAUCCUCAGCAAAUCACCAAGGAAGUAACAUUUCUCGUGGUCGACUGCUCGUCUGCCUACAACACCAUCCUCGGCAGACCAACUCUCAAAUCCUGGAAGGCGGUGACUUCAACGUACCACCUAAUGAUUAAAUUUUCGACGGAUUACGGGGUAGGAGAGCUGCGGGGAAAUCAAGUCGCUGCCCGAGAGUGCUAUAUUGCCAUGAUAGAAAUGGAGGAUCAACAGCAGACGAUGUGUAUCGGGAAAUAG